UUGAGAAUAUAUAAGAAAAGAAAUAAGUCAAAUAAUUAAAAUGAAACGGGAAAUCUUUGUGAUUGUUAUAUACGCAUUAUAUACAGUUGUGUUAAAACAUGCUUUUGCUAAGUGUGUUAAAGAUUCUCAUCCGUCAGAUUACAUAAAUGCAAUUUUAUAUAAAAAAGACGGAUCAUGCGAAUCGGAACUAAUUGUCAAUAUGCACAUUAGUCCGAGUUUUGAUAAGGAAAAUUUGGAAAAGUUUUGGGUACUCGAUGAGACGUAUGAGAUCACAAAACGGUCCAAUGUAAAAAUGCUAUCUCCAUAUUUGAUUGCAGUAAGUCGAAGCAUGCCGAUUAGUAUGUAUCCACUACAAUAUGUCAAAUCAAUUAAGGAAAAGGACAUCUUUAAGAAGCCUAACAAAGAUGUCAAUUAUAUCAUGAAUCAUGAUGAUCAUGACUCGCAACUACCCAUAAUCUUGAACAGAUUUAGAAACGAAAAACUUUUACGAUUGAAAAGAAACAGCCCGCAAGCCUUUGUGAAAAGUAAAUCCGGUAUGCCAAAAAAAAAAUUAAUUCGAAAAAAAAGGGAAAAGGACACAGCAUCUUUCCAGCAUAUAUCUGGUUAUAAUCAGAAUUAUAAUGCGAAUUUGGGACUAGUUCGAAUUAUUAAAACACCCGGUGGAAAUGAUCUACCAGAGGCUUAUAUGGACAUACCAGACUCUGACUUUAAUCAAAUAGAUCUAAAUAUGUUGGAUAAUUCACAAAUCCAUGAAAUGGAAAACAAAUGUUCUCAAAAAGGUUACAUGGAAAUGAAUCAAAAAACUAACAGACAUACAUUUUUAGAAGGAUAUACAGAUCCUUAUGAUAAGGAGUAUAUUGCAGAUUACCAAUUAAACGACGACUAUGAUGAGAAAAAUUUCGGACCCGCUAUUUCAGAUUUUCCCUUUAGAAAGAAAAUACAAAAGACUAUGCCACUGCCGACUAAGGAGAAUCUCUUUGGAUUUUCAGCAGAUAACUUAAAUGAUGUUAAAUAUUCAAGUAAUAAAGAAGACAAUAGUAUUCAAAAUGAAUAUUAUAUACCCGAUCGUAAUCUUAUAAAGAAUGUUAAUACCAUUAUGACAAACCCUUUAUCAAGAAGCUCAAUUGACCAUAAUUAUAAAUCGAUUUAUUUUCCACAGUCUGAAUAUAUGAAAAUAAAGAAGCGAAACGCACAUUUCAUACCAAAUCUGCAAAACCACAAAUGUUUAGCAAAUAAUGAAAACUAUAACUUUAAAAAUUUAGAUGACAAUGAUGAAAUUCCCUGCGAUACUUGUGGCGGAAAAAAUACAAAUUCACGAGGUAAAUCACAAAAUAAAUAUGAUGGCAACUUAACUGUAUCAAAAAACCAGUACUUUAAUCCCUGUCAUAUUAACUCGCAACAUGACGAUCGUGAAAAGUCAAAGCUAACCCGUGAUCUAACUACCACAUGGGAAACAAGCGGCAGUUACUCCGUUUACGAUAUGAGUACCCCUUUACCUUUCGUUGCAACUAAAAUUAAUAUUUUUAGAAAGCGUCAUAAUAGGUGGUGGAGGGUUGUCCCAACUGUAGUAUUAAAUAGCUUAACUGGAAUAUACGCAAACGAAAAUCUUUCAAUUCUAUUUACUACAAAUAUAGAUGUACUGCAGAUGGAAAAGUCAACAUGGCUACAUGGUCACAAACUUGUUAUUCAAAAAGCAAAAUCGAUAAAUAAAACAGAUUCUAAAAGAAGGACACCUAUUGAAAACGGUUUUAUUAAUAAUUUCAGAAGCGAUGUAAUUUUUGAUGGCGUCAAAAAUGUUAUACCUAAACAUGAACUCAUAAACUUUAUACAAGCUAAUAUGAGAAAGGAGUCAGAAAAAUCCAAAGUUUCAAUUAAAAGCUUUCCAGCUUCGAUAACUAAGUUGAAGAAAUUUCCAAAUAAUGAGAAACCCUUGUACUUUAAAAUGCUUGAAGGACAAUUACCAGCAAUUAGCAUGAAAAUCAAAAUGCCCUUCCGAGAGAAUACGCCUUUAUUACAAAAUCUUUAUAAAGUGAAAAUAUCUAGAGUUAUUACUGAUACCACGACAAAAGAUGCUCUUCAAAUUAUAGUCGAAAUUAUUAACAAAGGAUUUGAAGCGAAGGAAUUUGUUAUAUAUAUUUGUAACUGUCAACAAUCAAUGGGGAUAUUAAGUACAAUAACUGCUAAGAAAGUACUAUUGCCAUCUGUUGGUGAAUCUAUAUCAUUUAUGUUGCCUUUAAUCAUUGGCUUAAAGAAAAACAAUAAAUUUAGUUGCGAUGUUGUUGUUAAGACCAAUAUGGUAAGCGACACUGCGGGAAUCCGUCUAAGAACCCUAAAACAGCCCAACGCAAAUAUGGCCAAUGUAGCAAAGAGGUCAAUUGAUAUUAAAAUACAUUCAAGAUGUUUUUGUGUCUGGAGAUGUCGCUGCCAUUGCCUUGAAAAAUUGGAAACUUAUAUAAAUUUCAAUGUUUGUGAAAAAAUGAACUAUAAUUCAGAAAAUGAGGCUGGGCUUCUCUUGAGUUGCCCACCUGCAGAAGAGCGAAAUGAUAUGUGCAUCAUGGAGAGCAGUAAUGCCAACAAUAAUUUAAGAUUCUACCAUUCUUUUUUUUUUACAAUUCUACGUUUAGCUCUUUUUAUAUUGAUACUGCUGUUUUUAUUAGGCUUUUUAAAAGGUAUUUUCGGCUUUUGUGUUCAAUCAAUAAAUCAAUUCGGACUCAAUACCAUUCAGCCGGGAAUUAUUUUUGAAUGCACUUCUAAAUCAAGAAUUUUUAUAGUAAACUGUUUCUUCUUUAUAUUUAUACCAUUUGUAUUUUGGUGCAAGUGCUUUAGACCAAAGGUUGAAGAUUUGAUGGCAGCUAGUACCGAAUGGUUUUGUACCGAUGAGAACUCGAAAGAAAGUCAAAAAGAAAAUGAAUGUAAUUGCAAACGCCGUAUUUAUUCUGGCUUUGAGGAACCUGACCAUAACAAUAACAUAAAUGUUCUGCGUGCACUAAUGCCAGUAUACGAAAAUGUUUUAUUUAACGAUGAAAAACAAGACGAUGAUGAGAGUACAGCAUAUAUCUUAGAGGUAUUGGAAGAGAGCAAAAAUUCUUUGAGUAAAUUAUUACGAUUAUAAAUAAAAUGGAAUUCUUCCGAAUAAAAUUAUCUUUAAUUCUGAACUAUUGCAAAAUAAAAAGAUAAAACAAGAAGACAGCGGAGUCUGGUGAUGAUAUGACGAGGAUCCAAUUG